AUGCAACCGGAAGACAAUAAGGUUCCGUUACUAUCCGAUCAAGACUCGGACGAGGAUGUUGCCUACGACUCCAGUGAAAAGGUCCACAUCGUUGGAAUCAACGAACCAGACGAUGAAGCUUCACUGGGUGUCGUCCAACCUUUUUCCUGGAAAAAGCUUUGGCUUUUCACCGGACCCGAUUUUUUAAUGUCAAUAGCGUUUUUGGACCCUGGGAAUUUAGAAGGCGAUCUCCAAGCCGGAGCUAUAGCCGGUUACUCUUUACUGUGGCUGUUGAUGUGGGCUACGGCUAUGGGGUUGUUGGUUCAGUUGUUGGCUGCAAGGCUUGGUGUGGCGACAGGGAAACACUUGGCUGAGCUUUGUAGCGAAGAGUACCCGACUUGGGAUAGGAUGGUUUUGUGGGUGAUGGCAGAGCUGGCUUUGAUUGGAGCUGAUAUACAGGAAGUCAUUGGAAGUGCCACGGCUUCAACAGCUAUUAAGAUUUUGAGUAAUGGUGCUUUGCCUUUGUGGGCUGGAGUUCUUAUUACGGCUAGUGAUUGUUUUAUCUUCUUGUUUCUUGAAAACUAUGGAGUGAGGAAGCUGGAAGCAUUUUUUGCUGUCCUUAUUGCAACAAUGGCCGUCUCAUUUGCUUGGAUGUUCGGUGAAACAAAACCAAGUGGCACCGAGCUUCUCACUGGUGUUUUGGUUCCAAAACUGAGCUCCAAAACCAUCAAGCAGGCUGUAGGAGUUGUGGGCUGCAUUAUUAUGCCUCACAAUGUAUUCUUGCAUUCGGCUCUAGUGCAAUCACGCGAAAUCGACCGUAACAAGAAAGGCCAGGUGCAAGAAGCUCUCAAUUAUUACUCGAUCGAGUCGACUGCUGCACUUAUAAUUUCAUUUAUAAUCAACCUGUUUGUUACCACUGUCUUUGCUAAAGCAUUUUAUGACACAGAAGUAGCCACUGGUGUUGGUCUUGGGAAUGCAGGCCAGUAUCUUGAAGAAAAAUAUGGAGGCGGGAUACUCCCCAUUUUGUAUAUUUGGGCUAUUGGGUUGUUAGCAGCUGGACAAAGUAGCACUAUUACAGGCACUUAUGCAGGGCAGUUCAUCAUGGGAGGCUUCUUGAAGCUGAAGUUGAAAAAAUGGGUAAGAGCUUUGAUCACAAGGAGUUGUGCAAUUAUUCCUACUAUUAUAGUUGCUCGUUUCGAUUCGUCUGAAGCAGCCCUUGAUACAUUGAACGAAUGGCUUAAUGUGCUUCAGUCAUUUCAGAUCCCUUUUGCUCUUAUCCCACUUCUUUGUCUGGUAUCCAAAGAACAAAUCAUGGGUGCCUUCAGAAUUGGCCAUGUACUCAAGACAGUGGCAUGGAUUGUGGCAGCGCUGGUGAUCGUGAUCAACGGGUAUCUUUUACUCAAUUUCUUCUCUUCCGAAGUGAGUGGCCAAAUGUUCACAAGCAUAGUGUCUGCCUUUAGCGCAUAUCUUGCAUUUAUAAUUUACCUUGUUUCUCGAGGCUUUUCGUCGUUUGAUACUCCCUAAAGCGGCAUAUCGAAUCAAAAAAGUCGAUCUUAGACACCCUUG